CACUACUGUCAAUAUUCGCCUUUUGGCACUGUAUAAUCUUCCUCGCAAAGGUAAAGAAUGUAAAAAAGAGACUUUAACCCUUUAAUGCACAUCAUCAUAUUCAAGCUACUCAUUCUAUCAAGAUUCAAACAUACCCCGCCUCAAAAAACCAUUAGGAAGGAACCGCAACUGAAGCUUCCAAUUUUUUCAUCUUUUCCUGCUCUAGUGAUGCAUAUCCAUGGAUCAAACGUGGAGAAGACUUCAUGUCUUGCUUCUUCCUUGUGCUUGUUCUUUAAAGUCGUGUUUUCUUAAGAAGUUUUUUAAAAGUUAGCAGAAAGGAAGCUCUUUUAUGCUAUUUAUAUCCAAGUUCCGACAGAGGAUAGUUCUUAAUCUCUGUAUUUUUUCUCAUGGACGUGGUAUCACGGUGAGGGGUGGUCGAGGUUUGCGAUUUGAAGGCAGGAAUGGGUAACUGCUGUUUCGGGGUUAGCCCUUCCAUUUACAGAGUAUCUUCCAAUGCGAAGUCAGAAUCUCCAAAAAUGCUCAGUCCUUCUUUAGUAAAAGAAGAGGAGGAGAAGGAACGUAGCAAAUUGCCAUCUAAUCCUGCGGAAGUCGAGGACUUACUUCGGGAUUCUGCUUCAAAUCCACUUAUUGCUUUCACUUUCAAUGAACUAAAAGAAGUAACUGAAAACUUCAGGCAGGACUAUUUUCUUGGGGGAGGGGGUUUUGGCAGUGUAUACAAAGGAUUUAUCAAUGAAAAUGUUAGGAAGGGGCUUCAAACUCUUCAAGUUGCUGUUAAAGUUCAUGAUGGGGAUAACAGUUUCCAGGGACAUAGAGAGUGGCUGGCAGAGGUCAUAUUUCUUGGUCAACUUUCACACCCAAAUUUAGUUAAAUUGAUUGGAUAUUGCUGUGAGGAUAACCACAGGGUCCUCAUAUAUGAACUAUUGCCUCGAGGGAGUGUGGAAGCCAAUCUUUUUUCAAGGGUUUUGCUUCCACUUCCAUGGGACAUUCGAAUGAAAAUUGCGUAUGGUGCGGCCAAAGGUCUUGCUUUCCUACAUGAAGCUAAAAAGCCAGUUAUCUAUCGUGAUUUUAAAACAUCAAACAUCUUGCUAGAUGAGGACUGCGGACGACGCGUCGACGGCUACCGCUUGGCCAGAGAUGCACAGCAGGGCAGCAGGGAAAAGCAACGCCAGUGCGGUCAUGUAGGCAGCAGGCUUGGUCACGCGGUAACGCGGGCAGCAGUCAACGCGGGUCAAUCCGGGUCAUUCUCGGGUUUCCCGGUCAACCCGAAACCAACCCGAUUUUUGAAAUGGGUUGGUUUGCUGAAUCCGACCCGUUUCACAAAUGAGUUGACCCUAACCCGGUAUUUUUUAGUCGGGUUCUAGUCUGGUUUUCGGGUCGUGUCAAAUAUUGACACAUCUUAUUAUAAUUAUGCUAAGUUACGUAUUGCAGCCUUGAGCUUCAUGCAAAUACUGAAAGGAAAAUAUUAAAGAUGAAAGAAGGAAACAAUUGCAGACAUAAAUAACGUACUUAGUAAAGAAGUUAUAAGCAGUUUUUCUAUGCUUAUAACAUAAAAAAAUUACAAUUGACUGUCAAAACCAACAACCAGCAGUCUACCCAUGCUAUAUAAAUUGAAUUUGAUUUCUGUCUAUCAAAUCAACUUCUAAAGUUGAAACAGUGUUCAUUAUUUCAAUUCUCACUUCAUUCUGUUUCUGCUAAUUUUAAACGUUUCUCUGCAUCGAACUCUUAUGGCUUGCUAGCAAUACCUGCUCAAAAACAGCAAAAUGAAAAUGGAUGCCUACAACAUGGUCCUUGAAAAUGGACAAGGAAUCUUCUUCAUGUUCUUCUUUCAGAAUUGGAUACUUAUUUUUAUAUAUAAAUAAAUUUGCUUACUGAAAUGACAUGUU